AUGUUGAUUUAUUCGGAAUUACUACCUAAUUAUAUGUUGAAAGAUAAUCCAUCAAAAUAUGAUUAUUUGAAUAAUGCAAAAGAAAAACGAUUACCUAGGUUUGCUUUAUCAGAAAAAAAUAAAAAUCGACAACUAUAUGAAAAUCAAAUUAAUUUCACUCCUAAAUCUCAUAUUUUCACAAUGAAUUCAUCACAAAUUACAACAAUGAUACAUUCAUAUCGUUUGCCAAUGUUUCCUACAUUAUUACCAAAAUUAGAAACAAAUCAAAAUUAUUAUAAUUUAGAAGAAAAUCAAUAUAAUAAUGAUAAUUAUAUUGAUGAUAGUGAUUCAUAUAAAUCACAUAUUACAUUAGAAUCAAUAACUAAUAAUUCAAAUAAAAUAAUUCAGUUAAAAAAUAUUCAAUCAAUCAAUAAUUAUUUAUUACCAAAAUAUGAAAUAAUCAAUAAAAAAGAAAAAAAUAAUUUUGAAAAGAAAAUAAAUAAUAAAGAAAAAUGUAAGUUGAUGAAAAAAGAAGAAAUACAAAAUAUAAAUGAUUGGGAAUUUGAUCAAAUUAAAACAAAAAAUAAUCUUUCUAUUCGUAUUAAACAUAUUAAUGAAUUAUUUUGUGAAGUAUCUAGGAAAAUGUAUUGUUUAAGCGAAGAAAACGGAUCAUUAAUGAAUAAUUUAUUCAAAGCAACAGAAAAUUUAAAAUAUUUAAAAAACAUUUUAAAUAAUGGUCAAGAGCAUCGUUCAACAUUUCAAUAUAAUUAUCAAAUUGAUUCAGUUAAUCAAGUUGAAAAUUCAUCCCAUAAACCUAACAACUGUUAUUCUCCAACUAGACAUUGUAUUUCUCCUCAUCAAAUUAUUAAUGAUGAUUUCAAUAUUCAUAGAUUAAAAUUAAAAACUGGAAGUUUACAUGAAAAUUUAUUUUCACUUUCUCAACCAAACUUAAAUCAAGAUAUCAAUGACUGUAAUCUUUCAGAGAAAUAUAAUACUGACAAUGGUACUCAUAUGGAUCAUUAUCAGUAUCAUAAUAAUAAUAAUAGUGAUAACAAUAAAUGUAAUAAAUACACAGAGAAGACACGUUUGGAUAUAUAUAAAACAAAAGUCAUGAACACUAAUGAACAUUAUGUACAGAAGAUCGGUGACAAAUUACUUCAGCAUUCACAAACUAGUAGAAUUUCGCAAAUAUUUACUAAAGCAAAUCACUUUUCAACGAUCAAUUUGACAACUUCAUUAUUUCGUAGUGCUUCGAAGGAAAGACCUAAAAGAAGACUUAUAUAA